AUGAAGAACACCACUCGUCAAACAUCCAAAGGCGUAUGGUGCAAAAACAGCCGCAGAACGCGCAUGUACGACAACCCCACCACUUCAGACGUGACCAUCCAUUUCAGCGGCCAAACCAUCCACGCACACAAAGCCACUUUAUCCGAGUACUCCGAAACCUUCUACCGCGCCUUCGAAGGCCCCUUUGCCAAAACAGCUUCCUACACAAUCACCACCGCAGAAUACGGUCCACAAGCCGUAGAAGCACUGCUCAAGCACAUUUACUCUCUGCCCUACGAAGAACCCUCAGGCGUAGAAGAAGAUCUGGAUUGGUACCUCCAACUCUAUCUCAUCGCAAUCGAGUACCGCGUCGACAGCUUCGAAGCCGAAGUCGUAGAUCUGAUUCGCGCAGAAGUGUUUCAGAGCAAAGAAGUGGCUUCCAACGAAGAAGUCUUCAAAGACCACUGCCAGAAAAUCGAAGACUUGUAUACCGCCAACGCACUCCCCAUGUCCCUGUUCAACAUGAUGGCACGCCAAAUCAACGCUCGCGACAAAUCCAAAGGCAUCAGAGAAGAAAUCAUCAGAGACAGAGAUGUCAGAAGACAGCAAAAAGUCAGUUGUGCUAGGCACGACAGAUUUGUGGAUUUGCUGAACGAAGGAGGGGGUAAACAUGGAAAGGCAGAAUGGAUGUCGGGGGAUUUUGAGGAGGAGGUUAGGGAGUUGAGUAAGAGCGAGAAGAGGAAGCAGAACUAUGAGAAGAAGACUAGGGUUAAGAAGCAUAAGGCUGCUCGUGCUGGAAGAAGGGGGUUCUUGGAGGAGGAGUAG